UUGGUCGUGGAUCCGUGAUUUUGUGUAUUGGAAACGUUCUUAAUUUCGCAAAAUAUAUCGAACAUAACGCACUGUUGCAAUAAUCUAGUAUUCAAUUCGUAAUACCACAAAAAAAAAAAUAGAAACGCUAUCGAUUUAAUAAGAAAGUUGAAUUGCGAAGAUAUUUCGAGUUAAAUAAAAAAACAAAUAAACCGGAAAAUAGAUUGAACACGUGAGGACAAGCUGUCCGGGGGGUGGUGGUGUCUGGCAGUACAUUGGAUGUAAUCAUUUAUCAAUAUCCUUCAUAAAAUUUGUUUCAGUCUUUCAUUCGAUAAAUUUGUUGAGUUUUUAAAAGAGUUAGUUCUUAUCUUCAAGCUGCGCGCUGUGCUCAAUACAACGAGGAGAUUACGAAUAUGAGCUCUGGUGAUUCUUGGUCUCUUCCAGUAAAACAGGGUCUUUAUGACCCAAGUUUAGAGAAGGAUGCGUGUGGUGUUGGAUUUAUCGUAGCUAUCGAUGGAAAAAGAUCACAUAAGAUUGUAAGUGAUGCAGAGAUUCUCUCAGCUCGUAUGAAUCACAGAGGUGCGUGCGCCUGUGAUAAUGAUACUGGAGACGGUGCUGGUGUUCUCUGUGCAAUUCCUCAUGACUACUACGCAGAAGAAAUACGUGAAAAACAGGGAAUUCAACUCCCCGAAUUUGGAAAAUAUGCUACGGGUAUUUUAUUCCUCGAUAAGAGAACCCAUGAGCAGACUGAGGCUGCUUUCGAGAAGCUCGCAGCAGAAUGCAACUUGAAGGUAAUUUGUUGGCGUGACGUGCCAACAGAUAAUUCUCACAUUGGCCAAGUGGCACGAAAAUGUGAGCCUUACAUGCGUCAGGUAUUUGUCACUGGGGAUGAAGAGGGAGAACUCCUCAACCGUCAGGUGUUCGUAUUACGGAAGCGUUCAUCGCACACUAUACCACAGCCUGGUCUACGGUUCUACAUCUGUUCGCUUUCACUCAGAACAGUGGUCUAUAAAGGCCAACUUACCGCCGAUCAAUUGUGGCUGUACUUCACCGAUCUCAAGAAUCCAAAAUUCGAGACUUAUCUUGCUCUAGUACACACGCGAUUCUCGACUAAUACAUUCCCGAGUUGGGAGAGGGCACAUCCUUUGAGGAUGCUCGCACAUAAUGGAGAAAUCAAUACUCUCCGUGGCAACGUAAACGCUAUGAAGGCUCGUGAAGGUGUUAUGAAAAGUGAUGUUUUCGGUGAAAAACUCAAAGAUUUAUAUCCAGUGGUUGAACCUAAUCUAUCGGACUCUGGAUCUGCUGAUUGUGUACUCGAGUUUCUAGUCAUGGCUGGUGAACGUACAUUACCAGAGGCAGUGAUGACAAUGGUUCCGGAAGCGUGGCAGAAUGAUUUGACAAUGGCAACAGAAAAACGUGACUUCUAUCACUGGGCUGCAUGCGCAAUGGAGCCCUGGGAUGGACCAGCCCUGCUAACAUUCACUGAUGGCCGCUAUGUCGGAGCUAUUCUGGACAGAAAUGGCCUGCGCCCAUCGCGCUUCUACGUCACUAAGGAUAACAUGAUGGUGAUGGCGUCUGAAGUGGGCGUCUAUGACACUGAGGCCAGCAAUGUUGUCCUGAAGAGUCGAUUGAAGCCUGGCAGAAUGCUGCUAGUAGACACCGAAGAGAAAACAAUCAUCCAAGAUGUGGAGUUGAAACUGCAAAUUGCUAGGAGUAGGCCACAUUCUAAAUGGCUCAAGGACCAGAGGAUUUCCCUGGAGGAUCUCCGCGCCGCCCACGUUCCCGUCAAUAAGAACGUUGAGAAUGGUCACAGCAAUGGUCUAGGUAUCACAAGCGGUCUGAAUGUUCCAAGUGUGCUCAACCGAGCAUUAGAGGCAGACAGACGUUUAGGUCUCUACAGCUACACCAUCGAAACCAUCAACCUGCUUUUGAUUCCGAUGAUCAACACCAAGAAGGAAGCCCUAGGUUCUAUGGGUAACGACGCACCUCUAGCCUGUCUCUCCCAAUUUCAACCUCUGAUCUACGAUUACUUCAAGCAAUUGUUCGCACAGGUGACGAAUCCUCCGAUCGAUCCUUUCAGGGAGAAGAUCGUGAUGUCCCUGCUGUGUCCAAUCGGCCCCGAGAGCAAUAUCCUGAAGCCUGACGAACGCCAAGUUCAUAGAUUAUUCCUCCCGAAUCCGAUUCUCUCUCUAUAUGAUUUGGAAGUAAUUAAACACACGAGCUAUCGUGGUUGGAGAACCAAGGUAAUCGAUGUUACUUAUGAGAGAGCACUGGGACCAGCUGGGCUGCUCAAAACCCUCGAUCGUAUCAACGAGGAGGCUAAUCUAGCUGCGAAGGAAGGCUACCAGCUCAUCGUUCUUUCUGAUCGUCUGGGAGGUCCUGAGAGGAUUCCAGUGUCCAUUGGGCUUGCUCUUGGCUCUACUCAUCAUUUCUUGAUUGAGGAAAGACAGAGGAUGAAGGUGGGACUGAUUGUCGAGACUGCUGAGGCCCGAGAAGUGCAUCACAUGUGUGUGUUGUUGGGGUAUGGAGCUGAUGCUAUCUGUCCAUAUUUGGUCUUGGAGAUCGCUAGGGGACUCAGGGAUGAAGGCGUUAUUGACUCUGAGAUGACUGAUGAGGCCAUGGCGAAGAACUAUGCCGAAGCUAUUGAAAGAGGGCUGGCGAAGGUCAUGGCAAAAAUGGGAAUCUCAACACUUCAAUCGUAUAAAAGUGCACAAAUCUUUGAGGCUGUCGGCCUGGCUGAUACUGUUAUUGAAAAGUGUUUCAAGGGAACACCAUCGCGAAUUGGAGGCGUGGACUUCGAGGUGUUGGCGAAAGAAGGAUAUGAGCGUCAUUCGUUGAUGUAUCACGAGCAAAUGGUUGAUUGUCACAUCCUUCGGAAUCCUGGUGUCUACCACUGGCGAGCAGGAGGAGAGAAGCACAUAAACGACCCUCUAAGCAUUGCAAAUCUCCAAGAAGCUGUUGAGCUGAAGUCCUCGAAUGCCUACGAAAACUAUAGAAAAUCAACAAUGGAAUCCGUGAAAUCCUGCACCCUUCGAGGACAACUGCAACUCCGUAAAUCGAAUCAUCCAGUUCCUAUUGAACAAGUGGAGACAGCAUCAGAGAUCGUAAAACGAUUUGCAACAGGUGCUAUGAGUUUUGGUAGUAUAUCUUUGGAGGCUCACUCAACCCUCGCUGUAGCGAUGAAUCGAAUCGGUGGAAAAUCAAAUACAGGAGAAGGUGGUGAGAACGCAGACAGAUACUUGAACCAAGAUCCCGAUUUCAAUAAACGCUCUUCAAUAAAACAAGUGGCAAGCGGAAGAUUUGGUGUGACGUCGAGUUAUCUCGCCAACGCCGACGAUAUUCAGAUUAAAAUGGCUCAAGGAGCUAAACCAGGAGAAGGAGGAGAACUUCCUGGAUACAAGGUAACAGCUGACAUAGCCGCUACUCGUCAUUCGGUUGCAGGAGUUGGUUUGAUUUCUCCUCCACCUCAUCACGAUAUUUACUCCAUUGAAGAUCUCGCUGAAUUAAUUUACGAUCUCAAAUGUGCAAAUCCUAAUGCAAGGAUUUCAGUGAAAUUGGUAUCGGAGGUGGGUGUAGGUGUUGUUGCUGCAGGAGUUGCCAAAGGAAAGGCCGAGCACGUGGUUAUUUCAGGUCAUGAUGGAGGCACUGGAGCCAGUAGUUGGACUGGUAUCAAGGCCGCUGGAUUACCUUGGGAGCUCGGAGUUGCUGAGACUCACCAGAUACUAACUCUAAACAAUCUCAGAUCAAGAAUGAUUGUGCAAGCUGAUGGACAGCUGAGGACAGGAUUUGACGUGAUCGUUGCAGCUCUCCUCGGAGCUGAUGAGUUUGGAUUUAGCACAGCUCCAUUAAUCGCAAUGGGAUGCACAAUGAUGAGAAAAUGUCAUUUAAACACUUGCCCAGUGGGAAUCGCUACACAAGACCCUGUGCUCAGGAAGAAGUUUGCGGGUAGACCCGAACAUGUCAUCAAUUUCUUUUUCAUGCUUGCUGAAGAGAUACGCGGUCACAUGGCAUUCCUCGGAGUCCGCAAAUUCCAAGAUCUAAUAGGUCGUACAGAUCUGCUCCAGAUGCGCGAGGACAUUACAAUCUCGAAGGCAAAGAUGCUGGACCUUUCGAAUGUCCUUCGAUCAGCUCUCGAACUCCGACCAGGUGCUAACAUUCGAGGAGGUAGCGUGAAACAAGACUUCCAAUUAGAAAACCGUCCUGAUAACAUUCUAAUUGAGAAAGCUAAACUAAUACUGAACAAUACCCAGAAAUUCGUUAACAUCGAUAUGACAAUAAACAACGAGACUAGAGCAUUUGGCUCGACUCUGAGCUAUUACAUAUCUAAGCAGGUGGGCGAGGAGGGACUCCCGGAGGGUAGUAUCAAUAUUCAAUUGAAGGGCUCCGCAGGUCAGAGCUUCUGUGCCUUCCUUACUAAAGGAAUCCACGUUACCUUGGAAGGCGACUCCAAUGAUUACGUCGGCAAGGGUCUCUGCGGUGGUGAAAUUGUCAUUUACCCCCCGAAAGAAUCAGAAUUCCUAUCAGAAGCUAAUGUUAUAGUGGGAAACGUCUGCCUGUAUGGAGCUACAUCGGGUAAAGCAUAUUUCAGAGGAAUAGCAGCUGAACGAUUCAGCGUGCGAAAUUCAGGAGCUGUUGUGGUCGUUGAAGGAGUUGGUGAUCACGGUUGUGAGUACAUGACCGGAGGCUGUGCAGUCAUCUUAGGUCUGACUGGUAGAAAUUUCGCCGCUGGAAUGUCCGGAGGAAUCGCUUAUGUAUUAGAUGUCGAUGGAUCCUUCAAGAGCAAGUGUAAUCCAGAGAUGGUGGAACUUCUUCCUUUGAAUAAACCUGAUGACAUCAAGUAUGUUAAGAAGCUACUUGAAGAAUUUGUCGAGAAAACAGGAUCACUCAUUGCUCAGGAUCUACUUGUCACCUGGCCUGAACCCACGACGAGAUUUGUCAAAGUAUUUCCCUAUGAGUAUCAGCGAGCUCUUCAACAAAUGGCAGAGGCCGAAGACACGUCUGCAACUGUAAUAAAUGGAGAAGAGAAUGGGUCACCUAUUAAAGAUAUCGAGGACUCAAUCGAAGAUGGUGAUCUAGCUCAGAAGAAGCUCGAUAAAAUUAAAGGGUUCAUGAAAUAUAAACGUUAUGCAUCAAACUACAGACCAGUUGAGAACAGAGUAGAUGACUGGAAUGAGAUCUACAACUUUCAAGGAGUUCGUAAAGGUUUGAAAGUUCAGGCAGCGAGAUGCAUGGAAUGUGGUGUACCUUUCUGUCAGAGCAGCCAUGGUUGUCCUCUUGGUAACAUAAUUCCAAAAUGGAACGAUUUAGUAUAUCAAUCAAAGUGGCAGGAAGCCCUUCGACAACUCCUUCAGACAAACAACUUCCCUGAAUUCACUGGACGAGUCUGUCCAGCCCCUUGCGAAGGCGCUUGUGUUCUCGGUAUAUCUGAGCCCCCAGUUACAAUCAAGAACAUCGAAUGUGCAAUUAUUGAUCAUGCAUUUGAGCAGGGAUGGAUCAUUCCCUGUCCACCGCUAUCAAGAACAGGCAAACGAAUUGCCAUUGUGGGAAGUGGUCCAGCUGGUUUAGCUGCUGCUCAACAACUCAACAAGGCUGGUCAUGUCGUCACUGUCUUCGAGAGAAAUGAUCGGGUCGGUGGACUACUGCAAUAUGGCAUUCCCACGAUGAAACUGUCAAAGCAAGUGGUGCAGAGGAGGGUCUCACUGAUGGCUGCCGAGGGAAUUGUCUUCAAAACUGGAGUUCAUAUCGGAAAGGAUAUCACUAGUGAGCAGUUGAUGCAGGAGUUUGAUGCUGUAUUAUUGUGCACUGGUUCGACUUGGCCCCGGGAUUUACCUAUUCCUGGGCGGGAUUUGGAGGGUAUUCAUUUUGCUGUGAGUUUCUUGGAGCACUGGCAGAAGAAGCAAAUGGGAAAUGAUUCACCUUUAAAUCCAAAAUUAAUAGCUAAGGACAAGGAUGUGAUUAUCAUUGGAGGUGGAGACACUGGCUGUGAUUGCAUUGCUACGAGUUUGAGACAGGGUGCCAAAUCCAUCACGACAUUUGAGAUUUUGCCUGAACCAACAGAGAAGAGGGCAGCUGAUAAUCCUUGGCCACAAUUUCCAAAGGUAUUCAAAGUUGAUUAUGGCCAUGAGGAGGUUGCACUCAAGUUUGGAAGAGAUCCUAGGCAGUUUAGCACGCUCAGCAAGGAAUUUUUGGACGAUGGAAAGGGAAAUGUGACGGGCAUCAGGACAGUUAAGGUGGAGUGGACAAAGGACGAGAAUGGUAGAUGGAAAAUGGUAGAGCUUGAAGGAUCAGAGCAAAUUUACAAGUGCGAUUUGGUACUGUUGGCCAUGGGAUUCUUAGGACCUGAGAAAUAUAUUGCAGAGGAACUACAGGUGAAGAUGGAUGGAAGGGGCAAUUAUGAGACGGUUAAUGGGAAGUACUCGACUAGUUUGGAGAGGGUUUAUGCAGCUGGGGACUGCAGACGAGGACAAUCACUCGUCGUGUGGGCAAUAUCAGAGGGUCGUCAAGCAGCUCGUGAAAUCGAUUACACUCUCAUGGGUCGUACAACUCUACCAGGUCCUGGUGGAAUAAUUUCCCAUGUCGAUCAACCCUCUUCCUAAUCAUCAUGCGAGAAAAAAUAUUCUUUUUACAUUCAAAGCCAUAGUUUUAGUUCCUUAAGGUAACAAGUUCUUAACUUAAUGUUUAGCCUCGCGGAACUCGGCGCAAACGCAUUCGAAAACUGUAUCUUUAAAACUGAUUUAGUGAUUAGGAUUAUAUUAUCAUUUUCAUUCUUUCUCAAAUACAACAAAACAGUUUUUCGUAUCGCAUUGAGAGUUUUCAGGAGUCAAUGCUUUUACGACCGGGCAGACAUCGCUUAUUCUUGACAAAACAAGUCCACUGAAGCCCUUUAUGGCCACAAAAAAGAUUAAACAACUGAAUAUUCUGUGAAUGAAUCAAAAAUUGUUGAAAUACUAUCGUUAAAUGAGUGAGCGAAUGUAUUACUGUAAUGUUCAUAGAAAAACUGAAAAACGGAGCGCAUAUUAAAUCAAUUGCUACUGAAUUUUUGACAAAGAGAGAACUGUAAUAAAUCAGAAUUGCAAACAUGUCGAAAACCAUGAAGUCUAAUUACCAAUUGGCAAUAAUUACUAUUCAUCCGUAAAAAUGUGUCAAUAGAUUGAUGGGAUUACAUAUACUUUUAACUUGUUUCCUUUCUUUUAUCAAACACUUCCUGUUCAUUUGAUUACACAAAACGGUUAAAACAUGAAAACAUGAAAAUACACAAAAAAAUAUAAUUAUAGUACCUAGUGUAGAGAGUGAGAUAGAGACUCAAAUCUUAUACAUAUGUAUAAAUAGUUUAAUGCUUUAAAGGAUAAAAAGAUAACUAUGUUGAUCGAAGAUUUCAAUUUUUAUUGUGUACGCAGGUUCGAUGAUUCAGCUUUCAAACGAAAAAAGUCUAUCGCACCUGUUCAACAAUUAGCCAAAUUUCAUUCUUUCCUAUGAUAUCUUACAUCACGGGAGCAUUUUUUUUAGUAACGUACUUGUUAAGUUUCUUUCUCCCCCAUUCGCCUUCUGUAUUUUGUUAUGACUUUGACAGUUGACCCAUCAUUUAUCGUAAUGCGCCCACUGAAAAAGAUAUUUCACGCCUAUUUAGUCUGCUUAUUUAUUAUUUAUUGAUGAAGGUGCAAAAAAAAUGAUAUGAAAAUAAAAAAUAGAGAAACUGU